GUCGGAUUUUAUGCGCUACCAACAUCACUUUCGUCGUUGCGUAUCCGUGUAAUUCUAUUCUACCAAAUCUGGAUCAUGCCUAUGGAUUGUAGAGGCAUUGUGUUAUUAAUCUGAAUAGAAGUGAUGUCGAAAGUUGCACUGCUUAAGGGAAAUGUAGACGUGUAAGAAUUUAUUGUAUUCAUCUGUUGAAGGAAUUUUGCAUUUCUUUUGUGUACAGUUGAAUGAGAAGUGAAUAUUUGGCAACAGAAUGUCGAAAGCAGCCAGCCCCACACGAUUUUCUGGAGAUUUUGAUCACUUCUAUGAUCCAAAUUUUACAGCUGAUAUAAGCCAGAAAAUGAGAGUACCAAAGAGAAUUAAAGUUGAUGGUGAAAGUAAUGAUGAUCAAAGCAACAUUGGGAGUAACUGGAAUACAGCAUUGGCCAGUGAGAAGUUUGAUAUGCAUGUCCCCGAUCGAAUACUUGUUGCUGGUCAAGAACAACAUAUAGGAACAAAGGCACCCCCGCGAGAGUUAAUAUUAGAGAAUGCUGUAAUGCCACCUGAUCCUGGUGUAGUUCGAGUUCAGACUCCACCUCGUGUCAUUACACUUGAUGAGCAUUACUUUCCAUCAGCUGAUGACUUCCUUAACCAUGCAGAACUUCUAGAAGAACAUGUAAUCACAGCAGUAACUGAACCCAAGUCUCAGUAUCAUAUUGAACAAAGAAUGACAGUUAGGGAGUCGACCCCUCCAAUUGGCACAGGUGAAGGUUUAACUCCGAGCGAAGAACUUGUUCAUUUGCGUCGGCAGAUGGCCAAGCUGAAUAGGCGAGUCAUGGCUGUUGAAUUUGACAAUUUGCAAAGGCAGCAGCGAGAGAAGAUUAUUUAUGCCAUUGGACUUACUUAUUUGUUGUUCAAGGCUGUUUUCUGGCUUGCUAGGUCUUCAUAGUGAAGUUAAUAAACUUAAAAAAUAUCUUUGCAGAGUUCUGGUCAUUGUUGGAAAUUACAUAGUUUUCUGAGAUGUGUCUUUAAUUCACACAUGGAAAAAAUUUGGGCAAAAUGUUUAUUAAAGGAGAUAUAUUUGUAUAAGUUUCAAAACUGGCUGAAGGUAAUAAUAAUGUUGCAAUAUUUCUGUUUUGGAUGUAAAAAGAAACGUAUGUUACCUUCAGGACUGCUGUUAUAUUAUUAUAAUACACUGUACUUGUUCUCAGUAACUGUAAAGGAAUUAAUAAUAAAUUGUUGCAGUUUCCUUUGAAAGCGUGGAGUUGUCAGAAUAGUACUUGUCUUUUACAUGACAGAAACUAAUUGUGAAUAAACAUCCCAUGACUUUCAAGUUUUCAUGAAAUUGCUUUUCUCUAAAGCUGUGUUUGUACACACAAUAUCAAGAUAUCUGAGGUUCUCAUAGUGAUUGUCUUCAAAGUUGUGAUGCAAUGUAGCAACCAACAUUCUGAAGGAACAUGUCACGUCCUUCUUCAGGAUGCAAGAUUACAUGGUAUCAUAGCUUAAAAGAUCACAAUUUACUCAUCAAAUCUUGAAUAUAUAUAAUUAUUUUAAUUGAAGUCAAGAAGAAUGAGAUGGGUGGGGCAUGAGGUGUGCAUCAGGUAUUGGUCACGAAGCCUGAAGGGAAGACUGCUGGGGAGACCUAGACAUAGAUGGGAGGAUAAUAUCAGGUGAGAUCUAAGGGAGAUAGGAGUUGAAGGAGACUGGAUUUUGUUAGCCCAAGACAGGGACCGGUUGAGAGCUUUGGUUAAUUUUGUGAUGAACCUUUGGGUUCUGUAAGCCAUCUAGUUAAUACUUGACUUUGAACUUGUACUUAAUCUUCAUGUAAAAUAUGUUUCAAAAUAAAGCAACUUACUUAUUUU